GGUGGGCGGAGCUACACGGCAGAAGUGUCCAUAUUUGGAGCGUGCGCGCGCAAGCGGAUGGGCGAGGUCACCUGGUUGCGGCUGCGUCAGAGCCGAAACUACCUGCUGAAGCUCAUUUCCUCAAAUCGCCUCAGACAAGUUUAAAAAUCUUCACGCAGCAGCAGCGCACUUUGGUUUCCCACACAACAAGGAUUAUAUUAUUUGCUUUAUUUUUUUUAUUUUCCCUCCUUCAGUGCCUAAUGGAGCUUAAAUGGGGCACGCGUUUGGGAGUGCUGUUUGUUUUACUGCAGGUCGUGUGGAGUGCGGAGUCGACGCCAUGUUCUCCUGGCUUUGCUUCUGAUCUUUUCUUCUUCAGAGUUCACAGACAACACCUGCACAGGGGCACGAGAAUCGGCACAGUUGUUUUCAGCGACUGCAGUGAAAGGACAAGGACUAUCUUCGACUCCGAUGAUAAUCGGUUUCAUAUAGCUACUGAUGGCACGGUGAAGCUGAAGAGAUCAGUCACUCUUCAUAAUGGCCAUAAGAUGUUCUCUGUCCAUGCCUGGGACUCCAAUGGAAAGAAACACACUGCAUUUGUGAAAGUGGAACAUCAGGGUCGAGUCAACCACCAACACCACCAGCAUGAAGAUGCUGUGGCAAUUGAGAAUGAAUCCCCCUUGACUUUGGAGUUUCCUAAACCAGGUGGGUUGCGAAGGAGAAAAAGAGACUGGGUGAUUCCUCCAAUCUCCUUGAGUGAGAAUGACUCUAAAGGCCCUUAUCCCAAACAGGUUGUCCAGAUUAAGUCCAGUUAUGCCAAAGAAACAACAAUGGCGUACAGCAUCAGUGGUGAAGGAGCAGACCUGCCUCCAGCAGGAAUUUUCACAGUAGCAAAAAACACUGGAUGGCUUAUGGUGUCAAGGCCUCUAGACAGGGAAGCAAAAGCAAGAUAUGUGCUGCUAGUCCAUGCUUAUUCACCUACUGAUCCCAACAUUAAAGAAGAUCCCAUGGAGGUUAUAGUCCAAGUGCUGGAUCAGAACGAUAACAGUCCUAUCUUCACCCAAAAUCCAUUCCUUGGCAGUGUACCGGAGGCUUCACUAAUGGGAUUUGAGUUCAUGACUGUCAAUGCCACUGACAAAGAUGAUCCAGACACUGACAAUGCUGAUGUCGCAUACUCAAUCAUCAGUCAGACUCCACCAGAGCCAAAACCAAACAUGUUUGCCAUCAACCCUGUCAGUGGAGCAAUUCGAGUGAAUGCUGAUGGACUGGACAGGGAGACCUGGCCUGAAUACACCUUGGAAAUUCAAGCGGGAGAUCAGAAGGGAGAAGGUCGAAUAACUAAAGGAAAAGCAAUUAUUACUGUAACUGAUAGCAAUGACAGCCCUCCUAAAUUUGUGCAAUCCUCGUAUACUGUGAGUGUCCCAGAGAAUAAAGUGGACUAUACAGUGGUGAAGAUGUCAGUGACUGAUGAUGAUGAACCACAGUCUCCUGCCUGGGCAGCAAAAUUCAAGAUUGUUAGUGGUAACACUGGUGGGGUUUUCAGUGUUAGCACAGGACCAAACAAACAGGAGGGCAUCAUUACUACUGUCAAGCCAUUGGACUAUGAAACCAACAGGAAAUACACAUUGCUGGUAGCUGUGGAAAAUGAGGUUCCGUUUGCUAAACCUUUGCCUACCUCCACUGCCACUGUCAUUGUAAAUGUUGACGAUGUGAAUGAGGCUCCAGUAUUCAAUCCACCAGAGAAGUCCAUUUCUGUAUCUGAAGAUGCAGCAGUUGGUAAUGACCUGACGACCUACACAGCCACUGAUCCAGACACUGCGAGGUCCCAGAAACUGACGUAUCGUGUAGGUAGUGAUCCUGCCGGCUGGCUAAAUAUUGACAAAGACACUGGACUUAUCAAAGUCAGAAGUCCACUGGACCGAGAAUCUCCUUUUGUGAAAAAUCACAAAUACACAUCCCUAAUUCUAGCUGUGGACGAUGAUGCUUUGCCAGCAACUGGUACUGGUACCCUAUUAAUUGAGUUAACGGACGUAAAUGAUAACGCCCCAACAAUUGAAGAAAGGGAAAUCGCAGUAUGUAAUAAGGAGUCAACUCCAGUGACCCUGUCUGUGACCGAUAAGGACGGGCCUGGUUUUGGUGCUCCGUUUAGUGUGGUGCUGCAAGGAGAUAGCAAGAACAACUGGACUGCCAAGAUGAACGAUUCAAAAACGGGGAUUGUACUUUCACUUAAGACCCCACUUGAGCCAGGAAGUUACAGCGUUAUUAUGAGGGUAUUUGACACUGGUGACCAAUCACAAGACAAUAUUCUCAGGGCCACUGUAUGCGACUGCACAGGAGAUGACGUUAAAUGCUCGGAAAGGGCAGUCGCAGGAUUCGGUCUCCCCGCAGUGCUCGGAAUUUUGGGGGCUAUUUUGGCCCUGUUGUUGCUGGUCCUGCUCCUGCUUCUGUUCCUUAGAAGAAAAGGCUCAAAGAAGGAGCAGCCCCUGAUCAAUGAUGAUGAUAUCCGUGACAAUGUUUACUAUUAUGAUGAGGAGGGUGGUGGAGAGGAUGAUCAGGACUAUGACCUGAGCGUUCUACACAGGGGCCUUGACAACCGUCCUGACGUUUUCCGUAAUGAUGUGGCUCCCACCUUUAUGCCUGCUCCACAAUAUCGGCCACGGCCUGCGAACCCAGAUGAGAUUGGCAACUUCAUUGAUGAUAACCUGAAGGCUGCUGAUAAUGACCCCACAGCUCCCCCCUACGACUCUCUGCUGGUGUUUGAUUAUGAGGGUGGUGGAUCAGAGGCAGGCUCUCUCAGCUCCCUGAACUCCUGCAGCUCUGGAGAUCAGGACUACGACUGUCUCGGUGAAUGGGGUCCGCGCUUUAAGAAACUAGCUGACAUGUACGGAGGCGGAGAGGACUAAGAACUGAGAGAGACAAGAUUUUUCAGAAACUCCUGGUCAGGCAUGAAGCACAAGGACUGAUGGAUUGAUGUAAAUAUGGGACAGUUUUAGUUUCCAUGUUGGCUUAUAGUUGAUAUCGAAAGAGCUUUUCGCGAAAUAUGCCAAAGGACCUCGCUAAAAGAAUAGCUUUUUUUUUUUUGUGAAUCAGUUGUCAAUGGAUGGCCUUUACUGCAUGGUUUUCAAAGCACUGAGGUUCAAUGUUUAACCAUCAAUAAAAAGUUUUAUAAAGUG